GUCUGCCGCGGCGCGAAAUCGUCGUCUCGAAUUAAAAAGUAAAAAUUCGAAAAUGGCGCGCGUUUUCCGCGCUUUCCGCCGGCCGCCGUUCUUUUUUCAAAAAAGAUAUGAAUCGACUAUGGCGUCGUUGACCAAGGACGAGAUUUUGAUACUUUUACGCCCGCCUUUUACAAAUUGGAGCAAUAUUAUAAGAGAUGCGGAGAAAGUUGUGGGGUAUCCGACGUCGUUUAUGAAUCUGAGGUGCCUGUUGAGUGACGAGUUCGCCAAUAUGGCGCUGUAUCUGAGGAAAUUGCUUGGCAGCAACCACCUCGUGAUGCAAACAGCCAAGAACGUCCUCUACGGAGACUCCAAGAACCUCCAACCCUGGGGGCUGAUCAUCCUCCUCCUCUCCAAGUCUGUCAAACCCUCCACACACUCCAUACAGUCCAAGCAAAUAGAGGAGAAGCAACGACUUCUAGCGGAACUCACAGAAAUGAUGAGAACCGGUCAUCUUAUCCAUAAAGGCAUAGUCAAUGUACCUUUUGCAAAACGCUCAAAGAACACAGAAUCAGCUAUAUUUGGCAACAAAAUAGCAUUACUCCUUGGAGAUUACAUCUUAGUUACAGCUAAUGACAUGCUCGCUAAGCUAAGGAAUUCUGAAGUUUCUUACAUAAUUUCUUCAGCGUUAAGAGAUUUAUCUGAAGGAGAAUUUUUCGGUGAACGCGAUGAGCAGAAUCAACCGAUACCAGGGAAACCUAAAGCUGUUGUUGAUGAUUUAGAUAUCACGUUUGAUACAACUUCUAUAUCAGUUAAUGAUGUUCUGGGGAGACCUAGGAAAGAAUGGACCAUCAGGUCUGUUUACAAUGGCGCCUCCUUACUUGGAAGAGGAUGCCAGUCUGCAAUGGUCUUAGGACAGCAGAGUAGAGAAACUAUAAGCUAUGCGUAUCAUUUUGGAUGCCACGUUGGUUUAGCUUGGCAAGCUGCUGCCGAAAACCAGACACUAACAUCGAAUAGUAAAGAUCAGUUCUGUUUAGCUAGUGCCCCUGUUUUGUUUGCUUUAGAAGAAAAUCCAGGCUUAUACCAGAUAAUAGAUCAAGCGAAAGGUGAUUUGAAAGACGUGGAUUAUGAAGAUCUUAAAUUUAAUAUUUUGAAGACUGACGCUAUUAAUAAAACUCAGAAAUUGUAUGAAGACCAUGCGAAAAAAGCUACAGCUUAUAUUGAAACUAUUGGACAGAACGAAUCAGUUGAGAUGAUUAAGAAAUUGAUAAAUACUUUUUAAGGACGUUAUGAAUUCAAAGUUAUGCCUUUUGGUUUCACGAAUGUAUCUCUUAGACUUGAAAGACUUUAUUUAUUACUUAAUUUGCUUAUGAAAUAUUAGAUACUAGCUUUUUCCCGCGGCUUCGCUCGCGUUAGAAAGAGACAAAAAGUAGCCUAUGUCACUCUCCAUCCCUUCAACUAUCUCCACUUAAAAAAUCACGUCAAUUCGUCGCUCCAUUUUGCCGUGAAAGACGGACAAACAAACAGACACACACACUUUCCCAUUUAUAAUAUUAGUAUGGAUAUUGAAGACGGAUCUUGCCAAAAUUAAAGUGUAUAAAAACAGGGACUUAUUGACUUCAAAGUAAUAGGGGACUUGACUGUACAUAGUUAAAAUAAAGCAUCAGAUAAUUAUAAGAAAAACAUGGACAGAAGUAAUUUUUAAAUCCAAUUUCUAUUUAUUAAGUCAAGUAGAAAUAUAUAAACAAAGAGGAUCG